AUGAAAGUUUAUCGUAAUAGAUCAAAUGGAAAUCAAUCUAAUACCUCCCAACUUCAAUUAACUCAUAUUGAAAGAAAAUAUGUUCGUCAUAUAUUGAAACUCUUUGAAGAAGGCAAAGAUAUCAAUAAAGAGAAAAUCAAUAUUAAGGAUGCGAUUAAUUAUGUAUCUGAAGCAUGGAGCCACGUAACUGAAAAUACGAUUUGGAAUUGUUGGAGAAAAACCGGAAUAUUACCCUUUUUAACUAAUGAAGAAAUGAAUAAUGCAACACAAAUUCAACAAGAAGCAAGAGAACACAAAAUAGCAGAUAUUAAUCAAAUAGUUGAAGAUUUAAAUAAAACUGAUUCUUAUGUUGCUUUGCUGGUAGAUGCAUUAAAUAAUUUCUUUAAUGAUUUAGAGAAAAAGAUUUCAACUGAAGCUAUUUUAAGCAAAAAUGAUAUUAUAAAGUUAAUUCGGAAGGAAAUGGAAGAAGUUGAUGAAAAUGAUAAAUCUGAAGAGGAACCAAUGCUUAUUUCUUUUGGAGAUGCAGUAAAAUCCUUAACAAAUUGGAUUACCUUUUUUGAACAACUGCAAUCGGAUGAAUUCAAAACAAAGGACAUAGAUGUUUUUAAAAAAUAUUUGUUUUUAACUUAG